AUGUCAACCCACCCUCUCGAAGGCCUCGGCCUCGACCUCGACCUAGACCCAACCACCCCCAACCUCAACACAAGAGAUCUAGACCCAAACCUCCUACACACAGACACCUCCCUCCAAAAACGCUACACAACAAUCUCCAUCCCAUCAACCUACGGACGAAUCGACACCAGUCCCGCCGCAGGCACAGUAGUAGGCAUCGUCCUGGGCAGCGUAGCAGGCUUCGUCCUGCUAAUGUACGUCCUCUUCCUAGCCGUGAACCCAGGCGGGAUCGCCCGAGGCGGCGUCGCAGCACCAACUUCAUCCUCAAUAUCGAUGUCGAUGUCUAUGUCCAUGGACGACGAAGAGAUAGUCGAAGUGCGCAGUCGACGCGGGUCAUCGGCGGGUGGACGACGACACCGCGACGUGAUUGAGGUCACUGAGGAGCGGGAGACUUUCCGGGAUAGUUAUCGACGUCGGCCGUCGUCGCGACAUGAUCGUGUUGUUGUUGAGGAGUCUUUGGCUACUUCUACGACUGGGGAGAUGGAUGAGGAUAUUAUUGAGGUCGAGGAAGAGGAGUCGAGUGUUCCUUCUGAUAUUUCGCCGCGUCCGCCGAGGAGGUCUAGGAGGGGUGGGGUUAGACAUGUUGAUCCCCUUGCUUAUGGUGGGGGAAGUGAAUAUAGUGGUCGGGGGUGA